AUGUCGAUUCUCUCAGCUGCCAAGGGUCUCGCUAUCGCUGGCUCUUUGUGGGCUAGUGGCGCAAUCGGUGUUACUUCCAUCAUGACAAUUCCGGCGCUUCUGUUAGCGCCGCCCGACAUUGCUGUCAAACAAUUCCGCCUGAUAUACGGCAUUGGUUACUUCACUCAGCCCCCACUCACUUUACUGACUACAAUGGUCCAUGGUUUUAUUGCCUACCACACGCGCCAGAGCGGCAAUCAACUCUGGACACGUUGGGCAACAGCUGCCGCAUUCAACGCGACCCUCCUGCCUUGGACUUUUGUACUCAUGGAGCCUGUCAGCCACCACUUGCUGUUCCUCGUAAAUGCGGACAAAGGAGAAAAGGGCAAGCCUGAGAUGUCUACCCAGGCAAAAAGCCUGCUCAACCGUUGGAGUAAGCUGAAUAUCAUUCGCGGCGCUUUCUCGCUGGUUGCCGGCAUGGUUGGAUUAUGGACGUGUCUCGAAACAGCUUAA